CGCUCAUAAAGCGGUCGACUACACGUCUCGUAGCAGGAUAAAUACAUUCAGUGGAGGAGCUCGCCGUUUAGUGCAAAGAUCUCUCAAUGAGAGUAAUUUUUUGGUAACAAAACGCGAAACUGAUUCUACGGUUUUAAUUAAGACUAUCGAGAUGAAGACACGAGGUAGACGGAAGGACGUCCGAUGUCGGCUCUUUUAGAUGUAUGCGGAAAUGAUACCGGUUCACCAUCGAUAUCGAAGGCUGACGACAAUCUGUCCAACAGUGACGGGCCUCUGAUUAAGGGCAUAAUUCGCCAAAAUAGUUGCGGCAGCAUGCAUGUGAGGACAAUCGCUUCUUCGUACGGCAUGUCGUUGACAGGCGAAAAAUCCACCAAGAGACGUUACUGUCUUUGGACGUUGACUUUGAUCCUGGCAAUAAUCGGCCUCUGCAAUCUUUUUCUAAACAUCACUGUCAUCGCUGUUUUACGCAUAAGUCAGGGAAUGGAAGCUAUGGAAGUAAUACCAGACGAGAAUCUAGUGAAGUUUUACGGAAGAACAGAUUUGGACAAGAUAUCCCUGCAAUCGGGUAUCUGCCAAAGUUACGGUGACGAGGCAAUGGAAUUAUCCGGCGACGAGGCUGGAAUUCGCGUCGAUGUGAAAAGCCGUGGACGCAUUCACGAAGCGCAUCCGCACUCGAAGCUGGGCGUUUUACCAAACGGUACCACCAUGUCGCAGGUGGAGUCGUUCGAGGUGAAGGACCCGCGUACUGGCGCGAUCUACUUCACCACAGAUUUCCCGAACUUCGGUCUGCCGAACGGCGUGGAGACAAUCAACGUAAGGAUCGCUGAAACCCAUCGAAUCACGUCGCCGGUUAACGAGAGCCUGGCGAUCAAGUCCGAGGAUGAGGUCUCGUUGCAUGGCGCGGAGGGCGUACGCAUGGAGAGUAAAGACAUCGUGUGGAGCGCCGAUCUCGACAUCUUCUUGAAAAGCGUGAACGGCAGCGUAGUGCUGGACGCAAAGGACGGCAUCUCCAUCGACAUGGAGAAUAUCCCGGUAGCGCCGAUGUUUCUGCAGAGCCCUGUCGAGAGCCAAGAGCAGUACAAAGUCUGCGUGUGCAUGCCGCAGGGCAAGCUCUUCAAGGUGCCUGUCCGACCGGGAGCCAGUUCCCGUAUAGUUAAUUGCGCGCGGGUUGCUAGAAACGCAGAGAAUGAUCCUUGCCUGCACUAGGUUCUAAAUGAAGACUGAUAUUUUCUAUCACUUCGUUACACGCUUAAGAAACGUGCAUAUCACUGCCAAAUUGCAAGAGAAUAACGAAAUAUAAGCAUAUUUCAUAUGUGCGCAUACUGAGGUCUAAUGUGUCAUAGACAGUACGUGAAGCAUAUUCGAAGUAUAAAGGAACGGCUAAUUUCUCAACCACAUUUACACAGUAUCCUUGCAAUAGUUAUUGACGAAAUGUUUAAAAAAAUCGAAUACAUUUUUCGA